UUCUGGUACGCUAUGGGGCUGAAGUUUCUGAGCCUGCAGAUGCUUUUCUGGUGCUUCAACCCAGAUGAACGGAAGCUCCCUUCUGCAACUCCGCCGUCCGGCCAAUCGACGGCGAGGCUUAUUGGGCUGGACGGGCGGGUGACGGUGUACAAACGGCGAGUCAAGGUGGGGGAUCUUAUGAAGGAGCACACGUGUCACCUCGUCUGCCGCUCGGAUUCCUUCUACAUUGGUCAGAAGGUGCCUGCGCUGUCCGCAGCUGAGGAGCUUCAGCUGGGUCACAGCUACUUCCUUCUUCCAAGCCAGUUUUUUCAGUCUGUGCUUUCCUUUGUGACUAUAGCUUCCUCGCUUGCUAAGGGUGGUGGGGGGUGUCUUAGGCAUUUCGACAUACAGCUUACGGACACGGGGAGGUUGCAGAUACGGAUUGGGGAGAAAGGGGGGGAGGAAGCCAAAAGGGGCGGGGUCGUGUGUACGACGGUGGCUUUGGAAAAGGAAUACGAGCAGCUUGUGGGGUGGAAGUCGCGGCAAUGGAGACCGAAGUUGGAGAGGAUAGCUGAAGUGCCGGAGAGGAGGGGAGGCAACAUCAGGUUUGGUGUUUUUGGUGGGCUUAGAAGAAAGAAGGGAGAUUUGUCCCAGGCUUAGGUUUAAGAAAAAGAAGAGAUGUGCAUAGCUUAAUUUUGCCCUUUGUCAAAUCUAGCCUCUUUUUUUUCUUUUGUUGUAAAUUACUGCGCCGUUGGGAUGUGAAAAUUUGAAAUCUG